AUGGAUCAACUGCACGAAAAAUCAAAAGGCGGGCGGCCGCGGGACCCGGUCUGGAACGAGUUCGAGAUCGUGAAUGACCCGCAGAAGAAGCGCCUGUGUGCGUGCGUGUGGUGCCGCCAAGAGAUGAAGUCCGAGCCCAAGCGGAUGCUGCUCCAUUUGACCAACAAGUGUGUUGGCGUCGACUUUGAGACCAAGCAAAAGUAUAUUGCCCGGUGCUCAACCGAGGCGACCAAGCUGCCACGGCCGCCCAAAGACGACACUGCGUCCCUCCUCAACGUCAACCGCAUCACCCAGAUCGCUGCGCCAACGUCGCGGAAAAUCGUUGUGGCAGGCGGCAACUUCCACACGGCGUUCAUUCAUUUCGUCGCGUCGCUCACGGGCAAACCCCGGCCGCGCGUGUGUUUUCUGCCGACGGCGGCGGGGGACCGGGACUCGACCAUCAUGACGUUUUAUCAAGACUGCGCAUCGCUCGACGUCGAGCCACACGUUCAACUGAGCUUUGUGUCGUCCAGCAAGCACCAUCAGAGCUUUGACGACGUUCUGUUAUCCAUGGACGCCAUCGUGUGUUCGGGGGGGAAUACACUGAACCAGCAAGCGAUUUGGCGCGCCCAGGGCAUUGACAUCGUGUUGCGGAAGGCAUGGGAGCGCGGCAUUGUCCUUGGCGGAGCCAGCGCCGGAUCGCUGUGCUGGUUCGAAGAAGGCACGACCGACGGCCGGCCCAAGGAACUGAGCACCGUCAAGUGCCUCGGGUUUCUCCAGGGCAGCCACUGCCCGCACUACGACGGCGAGCCCGAACGGCGAACGUUCUACCACAAGUUGGUGUACUCUGGUGAGAUGAAGCCCGGGUACGCAUGCGACAACGAUGCCGGCAUCUACUUUGAGGACUUUAGCGUGAAGAACAUCUUGUCGGCGCGAGCAGAGGCCAAAGUGUACUACGUGAGUGUAGCGGACGGCAAGCUGAGCGAGCUCGAGCUGCCCACGACGCACUACAUCAAGUAG